GUGAAGAGAGGCGAAAAAAGUAAAAAGAAACGGUGCGGAAAAAGAGAGAAAAGAGGAAGUUGGCUUGGGAAUAGAGAGGCAUACGGAGAGAGAGGGGCUGGAAACAGAUUAGCAGAGGCUAUAGAAAUAGAAGAAAGUAGUCGUUGGAGUAGAUCAGAUCCGUCGAGAAAAGAAAAGGAGGACAGAUCGAAGUGAGUAGAAGAGAAGGGGGCAAUGGAUUUGGCGGAGCUGUGGGCAAUCUUCGGGCCAGGCAUCGCGGGCGCGAUCUUCGGUGCCGGCUGGUGGUUCUGGGUCGACGCCGUCGUUUGCAGUUCCGUCAAGGUUUCCUUCGUCCACUACCUCCCUGGAAUAUUUGCGUCUCUGGCGGCUGUGAUGUUCAACUCCGUUAGAAAAGAGGACAUUGACUACUCUCCAUAUGAAGAAGGCGAGUGGAGAUUGAAGCUCUGGCUUUUCUUUGCUUAUGUUGUAUCCUUUGUCUCUCUGGCUGCAUCAGUGGGCCUAUUGAUACAAGAUUCACUUGAGAAAUCUGGCCCUUCUGUGUGGACAGGAACUGCGGGUGUCUUGCAGUGUGUGUUUGUGUUGAUAAGCGGGCUGAUCUAUUGGACCUCUCAUUCAGAGUAGGUUGGGAGUAAUCGGAGGCCAUUUGGGAAGUUGUCCAUGCAUGUAUCAAUUUACUCAUUUAAUGAAUGGGAUACAAAAGUAGUUGAACUCUGUAAAUAUUUCUUCUGCUAUACAAUUACCAGCAUAAAAGAAAUAGACCUAUUGGAUUGCCACUCUUGUUUAUGUUUGAUUGAUCCAUCUGUUUUUUUUU